UAUUAUUGGCUAACAGGCGCCUGAGGGUUUUGCUAUCCGCGUCGCUCCCGAAGCGAUAACAAUAAUAAUAUUGGACACGUGCUUUUCAUCACAUUCGCCAGCAUUAAAUAUUUCCCGCGGCGUCCGCGUGAGGUGGGUGUGGCUCCCGGGCAGCAACAUUCAGAUGGGAUUUAAGGCCGGAGGAGGAAGGAAGACACAAAAGAAGGGAGCGAACCUCGGGUGGCUGGCGUCGCACUGUGCCGCGAGGAGCGGGGACGCCAACAUGGCUGCAGACCUGGGAGAGCUGCUGGUCCCCUACAUGCCCACGGUUAGAGUCCCGAAGACCGGAGACAGGGUUUUCAAAAGCGAGUGCGCCUUUUCCUUCGACUCUCCGGAAUCGGAGGGAGGGCUGUAUGUGUGCAUGAACACAUUCCUGGGCUUCGGACGAGAACACGUGGAGAGACACUACCGUAAAACAGGCCAGAGUGUUUACAUGCACCUCAAGCGACACGUCAAAGAAAAAGCCCCAGGAGCUGCAGGGGGCGCCGUCCCCAGGCGACGCAAUGGAAAAGUCUUCUUGGAUUUGGAGCUAAACCGGGACUUUAACGGCGAGGACUAUGAAUACGAGGACGAGGCCAAGCUGGUCAUCUUUCCAGACCACUUUGAGAUCCCCCUACCAAAUAUCGAGGAGUUACCGGCUCUGGUGACCAUCGCCUGCGAUGCGGUCCUGAACGCUCCGUCUCCUUACAAGAAGCAGGAGCCUGAAUCCUGGGAGGAGGAGAUCCAGGUCUCCCGACACGCCAGGAGCCUCAGGCAGCAGGACAAUGGGGUCCGGAUCCCCCCCAGCGGCUGGAAGUGUGAGAAGUGCGAGCUGAGGGAGAACCUGUGGUUGAACCUGACGGACGGCGCGGUGCUCUGCGGGAAGUGGUUCUUCGAUGGGAGCGGCGGGAACGGCCACGCCCUGGACCACUACAAAGAGACCAACCACCCCCUGGCUGCCAAGCUGGACACCAUCACCCCGGACGGGGCAGACGUUUAUUCGUUUGAGGAAGAGGAAGCCGUCUUGGACCCCCACAUAUCAGAACACUUGUCCCACUUUGGAAUCGACAUGCUCCAGAUGCACAAAAGAACGGAGAACGGCCACCACACAGACAACCAGCCCCGCCCACGGGUCAGCGAGUGGGAGGUGAUCCAGGAGUCGGGCAUGAAACUGAAAGCGGUCUACGGUUCCGGUUACACGGGCAUCAAAAACCUGGGCAACAGCUGCUACCUCAGCACCGUCAUGCAGGUCCUCUUCAGCAUCCCCGACUUCCAGAGGAUGUAUGUUGGGAACCUUCAGAGGAUCUUUGACUAUUCCCCCCUCGACCCCUCCCAGGACUUUGCCACACAAAUGGCUAAACUGGGACACGGGCUCCUCUCAGGCCAGUACUCCAAACCGCCCAUGAAGUCCGAGCUGAUUGAACAGGUGAUGAAAGAAGAAUACAAGAUAUUCAACUCGCAGCAACAGAAAGGAAUUUCCCCCCGGAUGCUGAAGGCACUGGUCAGCCGGGGACACCCGGAGUUCUCCUCCAGCAGACAGCAAGAUGCCCACGACUUCUUCUUGCACAUGAUCAACUUGGUGGAGAGGAACAGUACCAGCUCCGAGAAUCCAAGCGACGCCUUCCGCUUCCUGGUGGAGGAGCGAGUCCAGUGCUGCCAGACACGGCGGGUCCGUUACUCCCAAAGGGUGGACUACUGCAUCCAGUUGCCCGCCCCCAUCGAGGCCGCCACCAAUCGAGAGGAGCUUUUAGCUUACGAAGCCAAGCGGAGGGAAGCAGAAGAGAAUACAAGAAGUCCUCCGGAGCCGGUCAGAGCUCGCAUUCCCUUCACCGCCUGCCUGCAGGCCUUCACCGAACCCGAGAAUGUACCCGACUUCUGGAGCUCGGCUCUGCAGGCCAAGUCGGCGGGAGUCAAGACGUCCCGCUUCGCCUCCUUCCCGGAGUAUCUGGUGGUCCAAAUGAAGAAAUUCACCUUUGGAGUUGACUGGGUGCCCAAGAAAGUCGAUUUGGCCAUAGAUGUUCCAGACUUCCUUGAUCUGAGUCGGCUUCGGGCCACGGGACUACAGGCGGGAGAAGAGGAACUUCCUGACCUCAUGCCGCCCAUCGUGCUGCCUGAGGACACCAGAGAUAACUCCAUGAGCUCCUUGGAUUCUCCAGAAAUAGACGAGGCGGCAGUCAUGCAGCUGGCGGAGAUGGGCUUCCCGCUGGAGGCCUGCAGGAAGGCGGUCUACUACACCGGCAACAUGGGCCCGGAGAUGGCCUUCAACUGGAUCAUAGCCCACAUGGAGGAGCCCGACUUUGCCGAACCUCUCCAUCUUCCCUCCAUGCUGGACCCGGGCCCCUCCACCAGCGACGCCCCCCUAGGGGCCGCCCCCUCGGACAACUCGCCCCCUGAGGAGAGCAUCGCCAUCCUCACCUCCAUGGGGUUCCCACGCGCCCACAGCAUCCGGGCCCUCAAAGCCACGAACAACAAUCUGGAGCGAGCGCUGGACUGGAUCUUCUCCCACCCGGAGGAGGAAGAAAGCGAUGUCGUUUCCAACAUGGCUGACACGGAGCCCAAUGACAACGCUUUCUCCAACGGCGACUCGUACACCGACUCCAUGCUGUCCCCGGACCGGGACACGUCGGGACCACGGGUCAAAGACGGACCAGGACGGUACGAGCUGUUUGCUGUCAUCAGCCACAUGGGGGCGUCCACCAUGUCCGGACAUUACGUUUGCCACAUUAAGAAGGAAGGAAGGUGGGUGAUCUACAACGACCACAAGGUGUGUUUAUCAGAAAGACCCCCAAAGGACUUGGGCUACAUCUACUUUUACCAUCGACUGUCCAGCAGCUAAACCCAUAGCCCCCCCCCCCCCCC